AUGGAAAGACAAGUAAAUGCUGUCUCUAGAUCAUGUUUCUACCAGAUCAGAAACAUCAGCAAGAUUAGAAAAUACAUUGAUGAAGAAACCUGUAAGAAGCUGGUCCAUUCUCUGGUUACAUCACGCCUGGACUAUGGGAAUGCACUAUUUGCAGGAAUACCCAAGUCUCUCAUGCGCAGACUACAGAGAGUCCAGAAUGCCUCUGUGAGACUCAUCACCCGUUCCAGGAAAUGGGAACACGUGACGGAAGCUCGCCAAGCCCUGCACUGGCUACCAGUACACCUCCGUUGUCAGUAUAAAAUAUUAACUUACACCUUCACGGCCCUGCAUGGAACUGCUCCAGCAUACCUACAGGUACUCAUCACACCGUAUAAUCCGACUCGAUCUCUACGGUCUGAGUCAGCCUCUCUUCUCACAGUACCUAGAAAACACACAGCUAGGUAUGGAGAGAGGUGCUUCCACAAGACAGCAAGUACCCUAUGGAAUACUCUCCCAGUCGGUCUCAGAACAGAAACAUCAAUCACCAACUUCAAAAAGAACAUUAAGACCUAUCUGUUCAAGUGUGAAUAG